UGGAAAUCCAUCACACCGAGGAAACACACUCCCCUGCUCCUAAGCCCUCCACUCCUACAUCAUGUACUGCAACAACUUCUCCGGCACUGUCUUCCCAGGAUGCUACUGGGGCAGCUAUGGCUACCCCUUGGGAUACAGCGUUGGCUGUGGCUUUGGCAGCACCUACUCCCCAGUGGGCUAUGGCUUGGGAUAUGGCUACAAUGGCUGUGGGGCUUAUGGCUACAGGAGAUACUGGCCAUUUGCUCUUUACUGAUUUGCUGAAUCCCCAAGGCAUAGAAUCUUCCCUCCCUUGAAGGCUGCUCAGCAUCUCUCCA